GCUUUUACUUGUAAUGGAGUAUUUUUUACAGUGUGGUAUCUGAAUACUUCCUCCUCCACUGGUGUUAUAUAAUUAUUGAACAUCAUAUUAUUCAGUUUUUUUUUUUAUCACUAAUGAAUACACAAGAGCAUUUUAAUGUUGUAGUUCGUCAAUGUGGAGCCAAUUUUACAUACGUUGUGUACUACUGGGUAGAUCAGUAGUGUAGUACUGCAUCAUAUCUUGUGUUUUUUUUAUAUAAAAAACUAGCAACUAUAAGUGUCAAUCUCAGGAUCUCCAUUUGAAAUACAGUAAAGUAUGUCAAAAGUGUACUCCUGGUGCCUAUUGGUGUUUUCUGGCUCUCGGAUGAUGCAGCUCACAGAGUUUCAGUCCCCCUGUUUCCAGCGGAGGGCAGCAGCGGGGAGGUGCUGCUGGUGGUUGAUGCUGAGGAAGCUUCUCCUCCACUUCUGCAUCUGAGAGGAGGAGAGACAGGCACCGACUUCCUGUGUCGAUCUGCGUUCAGCUGAGUUCAGCCUGGCUGCCUCUCCGGGAGGCUUGUGGCUCUGCAGACCGGGGAGGAGGGAGGCUUCUGAGGGUAGUGUAUGGCCCGGAGAGACGCCUGGGACCUCCGUGCAGCAGCAGCAGCAGCAGCCGUAUAUGCGGGUUGUUUACACCGGAGGGUCAAGCCGUUCCUGCUUCCCCGCCUCCCUGCGACUCCGAGCGGCCGCCUCGGCUCAGCAGCGUCGCCGCAGAUAGCGUCAGCGGAGCGGGGCUGAUGGUCCCGGUGCUCGCCCCGGCCUUCAUCAUCAUCAUCCCCCGCCUGUGUGUCCGCUAGAGAGCUACGAGAAGCCGCGCUGCUACACCCAGUCGCCCGAAGUCCUCCGGGAAGACCGCAGAAAGGAGAGGGGGCAGCGGCGUGUUAUUUGGGGCGCAGCAUCGCACCGUGCCCGGUGCUGCGGAGUCGGAGGAGUGGAUGAGCCGCCGGAGCUGACCCAGAGAUGGCUGUUCUCAAACUCACCGACCAGCCUCCUCUCAUCCAGGCGAUCUUCAGCGGAGACCCUGAAGAGAUUCGUAUGCUCAUAUACAAGUCUGAAGACAUCAAUGCUCUGGACGCAGAGAAGCGCACCCCGCUGCAUGCAGCGGCCUUCCUGGGCGAUGCCGAGAUCACCGAGCUCCUCAUCCUCUCUGGGGCCCGGGUCAACGCCAAAGAUAGUAUGUGGCUCACCCCUCUCCAUCGCGCUGUGGCAUCUCGGAGCGAGGAGGCGGUGCGAGUUUUGAUCCGCCACUCGGCCGACGUGAACGCUCGGGACAAGAACUGGCAGACGCCGCUGCAUGUUGCUGCAGCCAAUAACGCGCUGCGAUGCGCUGAAGUCAUCAUCCCGCUGCUGAGUAGCGUCAACGUGUCGGACCGUGGCGGACGCACCGCCCUGCAUCACGCUGCCCUCAACGGCCACACUGAGAUGGUAAACCUCCUCCUCGCUAAAGGAGCCAACAUCAACGCCUUUGAUAAGAAGGAUGGCCGGGCGCUGCAUUGGGCGGCUUUCAUGGGGCAUUUGGAUGUGGUGUGUCUGCUGGUGAGUCAGGGGGCGGAGAUCAGCUGUAAGGACAAACGGGGAUACACUCCCCUCCACACGGCGGCCUCCAGCGGACAGAUCGCUGUGGUCAAACACCUGCUCAACCUGGCUGUGGAGAUAGAUGAGUCCAAUGGGUUUGGGAACACGGCACUCCACUUGGCUUGUUUUAACGGUCAGGACGUCGUCGUUAGCGAGCUGAUCGAUUACGGUGCCAACGUCAGCCAGCCCAACAACAAGGGCUUCACCCCACUGCACUUUGCCGCCACCUCCACACAUGGAGCGCUCUGUCUGGAGUUCCUGGUCAACAACGGGGCUGAUGUCAACGUACAGAGUCGGGACGGGAAGAGUCCUCUUCACAUGACGGCAGUUCACGGACGUUUCACUCGCUCCCAGACCCUCAUCCAGAAUGGUGGGGAGAUCGACAGUGUGGACAAGGACGGCAACACCCCUCUCCACAUUGCUGCCCGCUAUGGUCAUGAACUCCUCAUCAACACGCUCAUCACCAGUGGAGCAGACUGCACAAGGCGAGGAGUCCAUGGCAUGUUCCCUCUCCACCUGGCUGCCAUGAAUGCUCACUCUAACUGCUGCCGGAAGCUGCUGUCCUCAGGUCGGAGGUUUAGCAUAACGUGUAACGACUCGGUCCUGUCUGCAGGCUUUCAGAUAGACACUCCUGACAGUCUGGGGAGGACCUGCCUGCAUGCUGCUGCUGCCGGGGGUAAUGUGGAGUGUGUCAAGUUGCUUCUGAGCAGUAGUGGAGACCACAACAGGAGGGAUAACUGUGGCAGGACCCCGCUCCACUACGCGGCAGCCAGCCGCCACUAUCAGUGUCUGGAGACUCUGGUUGCUUGUGGCACCGCCAUCAACGCCACGGACCAGUGGGGGCGCUCUGCUCUGCACUAUGCCGCUGCCUCGGACCUGGACAGGAGGCGUCGUGUUGCUCUGGAGCCAGAGAGUGAAGGAGUUCAGGCAGAGAGGGAGAAAGAGGCAGCGCUAUGUUUAGAGUUCCUGCUGCAGAGCGGAGCGACGGCCUCUCUGAAAGACAAACAGGGCUACAGUCCCGUCCACUACGCUGCAGCCUACGGACACAGGCACUGUCUGGAGCUGCUGCUGGACAGAGACGACAGUCACCAAGACGACCCUGAAUCUCCGAACGCUCGGAGCCCACUGCACCUCGCUGCGUACCACGGCCACGCUCAGGCCCUGGAGGUGCUGCUGCAGGGGGAGAGGGAGGUGGACCAGGGGGAUGAGGCGGGGAGGACCCCCCUGGCCCUAGCCGCCCUCCGAGGCCACACUGACUCUGUUCACACCCUCCUCAGCCAGGGGGCGUCGCCGCGCUCCACCGACACCCAGUACGGACGUAACCCCGUCCACCUGGCAGUGAUGAACGGUCAUACGACGUGUGUGCGCCUCCUGCUGGAUCAAUCAGACAGUGCAGACCUUGUAGAUGCUGCUGACUCUCAGGGACAGACUCCUCUGAUGCUGGCGGUGGCAGGAGGUCACGUUGACGCCGUGUCGCUGUUGCUGGAGAGGGAAGCCAACGUCAACAUGACCAAUAAGCACGGCCUCACUGCGCUGCACCUCGGGCUGCUGUGUGGUCAGGAGGAGUGUAUCCAGUGUCUGUUGGAGCAGGAAGCCUCGGUUUUGCUCGGCGACUCGCAAGGUCGCACUGCCAUCCACCUGGCCGCGGCCCGGGGCCACGCCUCCUGGCUGAGCGAGCUGCUGAGCAUCGCCUGCUCCGAGCCGCCGUCCCUGCCCCCGCUGAGGGACAACAGCGGAUACACACCGCUGCACUGGGCCUGCUACUACGGUCAUGAGGGGUGUGUGGAGGUUUUGCUGGAGCAGAAGGGUUGUCGUUGUAUUGACGGGAACCCGUUCACUCCUCUGCACUGCGCUGUGGUGAAUGAUCACGAGACGUGUGCAUCGCUGCUGCUGGAGGCGAUGGGGUCAGACAUCGCUGGCUGCAAAGACGUUAAGGACAGGACUCCUCUUCAUGCCGCAGCGUUCUCGGGUCACGUCGACUGUGUCCAGCUGCUCCUGUCCCACGAUGCACCUGUCGAUGCUGUGGACCAAUCAGGUCGCACUGCUCUGAUGAUGGCGGCUGAGAAGGGCAGAGUCGGAGCCCUCGACGUGCUGUUGACCGGCGCCAAUGCCAACCUCAGUCUGACGGACAAAGACGGCAACACCGCCCUGCAUCUGGCUUGCAGUAAUGGGAAGGAAGACUGUGUGAUGUUCAUCCUGCAGAAGCUGUCAGACACUGCGCUCAUAAAUGCCACAAAUGCAGCGCUGCAAACUCCUCUCCACCUGGCGGCUCGUAGCGGUCUGAAGCAGGCGGUCCAGGAGCUGCUGUCCCGAGGAGCCAACGUUCAGACGGUGGAUGAGAACGGUCUGACGCCUGCUCUGGCUUGUGCUCCUAGUAGAGAGGUGGCUGACUGUCUGGCUCUCAUUCUGGCUACCAUGAUGCCUUUCUGCUCCCCUUGCAGCUCCGGGGCUCCCUCCCCAGGCUCCCUGCUGAGGCAGCUGCCCCACCAGGGGGGUAAAGGCCCAGGCACCGGCCCUCGGGGGCCACGUAGCCCCAGGAACCCCUCCGGACCCUCCAGCGAGGGAACCACCGAGAACGACUCUGAGGACUCAGAAACCUUCUGACCCCUCGGAACAGACUCUCUACCCUCCUACCUCGAACUGUGCACCUGAACUUUUAACAAGCCCCAGGAAUGAUGCAGUGUUUUAGUCUGUAACGUGCACUCUUGAGAGAGAAGGGUAGAGACUUGACACAGCUUGGAUGUUUGCAGUGUCUGUAUCUUCAUGUACAGAAUGGCCCUCCUGUGGCACCAGGCUGGAGGUCCUGCAGCGCUUUUUCUUAGUGCCCUUUUCCAAAAACAGUGAGCGGAGCAGCUGCUCUGCCCCGGACUGACUACUGCUGCCGAAUACUUUGCUCCAUGAAGCUGCGGCUGAAGAAGAAGAAGAUUCAAUCUGGAUCAGUUAUGGUUUGGGUCUGCAUGCUUGUGUUAACUUACACCACGGUUUGUUCUUUCUACUCACGGGUGCUUAAAUCCAAACCGACCUCGGUACUUAGUCUCUGCAUGGCCGAGCAGCUCGCCUCUGAGACUUGUUUUGUCUUAAAAAAAAAAAAAAAAAAAAAGCCAUUUUAAAGUGUUUGUACAAAGUGAAGUAGACCAUUAAGAAAGUUCAGUGUAAUUUUAACCUUUUUAUGAUUUUGGCUUGUUGUUGUACCAAAUAUUCGACUUCCACACGUAAAUAAUUAACAUGUACUGAACGGUCACACGAGCAGGUACAUAGAGCUUGUUAACUGUUAACAGAACAACUGAAGCAUAAAUUUGGAUUUUGCUUUUAGGUUUUGAUGAGCUGUGGCUGGAAUGUGAAGUGUGCAGCCUUCAAUAAGAUGUUUAGUAGUUUAAAUAUUCACCAGGAAAGAGGAUAUGACACAGUGGGUGCAUCUCAGUUCCCUUAAUUGCGUCAACGUUUCCCUCUCUGGCGUGAGGAGAGAUUCAUGAAAAGAUGCGAGAGAACAGGAAUCGAGGAAACAUGUUUUUAGAGAAAUGAGACGUCAGAGGCUGAAUGCACACGAGCCAUUUCUGCUGGCAGCAACGCGUUUUUUAGAUGAAUUACUUAUUUCGUCUGCAUUCAUUGAUAUUCUGUUUGUAAGUUCAUUAUUGAAAUAAUAAUUCAGGUUAUAAUUAGAACGUCUCAUAACUUGAAGUAACGAUUAAGCAGCCUAAAUAUUUUAGGGAAAGUGGACAUUUUGUAAAUAUAUCUCAUAUCAAAAUAUAGUUUCACAUGUGACUGAAUGAAGAGGACAUUAUUAUCCAUUAUAAACGUUAAAAGGGGAAAAGUCUUUGUGAUGGAUGAUGAAAGUUGUUUUAUGGCUCCUUUGUUAAUCAGACCAACAGUCAACACAAAUCCACCAUUUUUAACAAGAUAAAUCACAUCUAAAUGUGGGAGGAUGCGGUUCGAUAGCAUUUAAUCAAAUUCAAAUCCACUUAUUGAAUCUGAAUCCUUUCUAAUGUAAUCAAAUCUUAUCAGAUAAACCUUUCAACAAAUGCAAGUAACCAAAGGCUAAAAUACUCAAAGAUUUCUGAUCGCAGUUUGUGGCCGAGAAGGCAGAAACAGUUUUACAAGUUUUAGUGACAACUUAAUUAAUGUUCACAACCUGAAAACGAGGUGAGCAGCACGAUAUAAGAAAUGUUAAUUUAAGGUAUCGCACACAUUCAGUUAACAGCUGUAGUUCUGUACUACUUACUGAAGGUCCUGAUUCACAACUAUGAUCAGAUUAAAAUAUUGAUCUGAUAUGAAUCAAAGUCGAACUGGGAGAUUCUUUAAUAGACUGAGGUGAUCAGCUGAUCAUUUCUGCAGAGAAGAGUCUCCACUCUGUUGGUUCCUGUUGAACUACAGAAACACUGUCCACUCGGUCGUACGUUGGUGUUACAGAGUGAUGCGUCUUUACGCUCGCAGACAAUCUUUGUCUGGAUACAGACACCAGCUGCAGAUUGCUCCUUAACCAGAGGACAGACAGACCUUUACAGAAGGAAUGUUAAUUAGCUACAGCUGAUUGAACCAGCUGUCAUUUAAAAACAAUGAGAAGUCUACUACCUGCUUUGUGUUUUCCAUUGUUCUUUGCUAAUAAAAAAAAAGGGAGGAGAGAUAAAAAGGAGAUUAUGAAAAGAGAUUCUUAAAUCAUUACAUUUAAGAGAUUACAAAAGAGAUUCGUCAGUGUCGGAUCCGGGAUCCAAAACGUAACCAGCAGUCAGAACCCCUCCCUUCAUGGGAGUUAUAUUACACUUCUGUUAUUUGUCCCGGUAAUAAAGGGGGGCUGGUCUCAUGCCGCCUCACUCCUCUGAGCAGAAAAAAGCAAAUCUUUCGUGACGACAGACCGGAUUGAUUUCCGGGUGAGGAAAUCGCUCCUCCAUCCCGACUCGAGGAUGAAGGGUGAAAUCAAAUAAGGGACUUGGGAUGUAGCCGCUGAUGAACCCAGGGUUUGUGCAGAUGUGAAUUAAGGCUGAGAUUUCCGCAUUUUAUCCUGUGGCCUAGAACUGCCUCCUGCGCUGUUUUGACUCCAUGACCAGCCAACGGUGACCAACUUUUUCCCACCUGGGCAGCUCUAAACGUCGAAUCAUGAAAGCCCAGACUCUCCAUAAAGACCAAAUUCCUGACAUGAUUAAAAAAAAAAAAAAGCUCUUUUAGGUCUCCUCAGUUCAUUGUGGUAUUUAUUAAAUAUUACACGAUGGUACAAAUACUGCCAGCACUUACAUGUAAAGUAACACACCUUGACCACUUUUCUCUCCUCCCCUGUUUGUCUACCUACCAGCUAUGUGCCAUUGUCUCAAACGUGUCCAGUGCCUUGAUGUCGAUUCAUUUUUGUUUUCUUUUACAAAUCUUGUUAGUAGAUUUUAAUAUUCUUAUAAUUAAAGGAUCAGCUCACCAAAAUCACAAAACCCUAGUGGCAUUGAGCCGUGCAGGUUUGUCCAGGUUUUGAGAUAUUUGCCUCAGACUUCUGCUGUGACCGAAAUACAAGAAAGUUUAAAAGAUUAUUUUUUGUGCAUUUUUGCCUUUUAGAACAAACAGGAAAUGUGGGCAAAGCGAGAGGGGGAUGACAUGCAACAAAGGUACAUCCGGAAUAAAUAUUUUAUUUGUGCUUCUCCAAAGUAAAACUACAUUUCCAGAAACGAUGCCCCAGAUUCGGUGAUCAAAAGCUCCAGAAGAGCUACUAAAUGGACCUUAAGGUGACGGUGUUCUGUCAACUGCUGUAAAGAGUGAACUUUUCCUUUUCUUUUAGCUCAUCUUUUAAGAGAAGUCCUUAAAGUGGUCAGAAAAAAAAAUUUAAACAUCCCCAAUGACAACUUCUGCUAAAGAAGAUCAUGUGAUAUGAUGGAAAGCUCCAGAACAGCCACUAAAUGGACCUUGAAGUGAGAAUGUUUUGAGAACGUCGCAACUAUUUUCUUGAUUUCUUUUUUUCUAUUUUUUGUACUACAGCUGAAAGGAUUCAAUUAGUGAAUCAACAGAAAAUUAAUCAGCAGCUGUUUUCAAAAUAGAUUCAUUGUUUAAGUAAUUUUUAAAGCGAAAAUGCCAAAAAUGGACUGGUUCCAGCUUCUCAAAGAUGAAUAUUUGCUGGGAUCUUUAGGACUUUGUGCUGAUGGUCAGACAACACAGUCAAUCAGAAUAUGUGCUUUGGCACAUAUUGGCUUUGGGAACUUGUGAUGGGCUUUUGUUUGUUAUUAAUUUAUUAAUGGUCAGGUUAAUCAAUAGUGAAAAUAUUGCAGCCCUAUUUCUUUUUCUUUCUUAGCUCCAGUGAAAUCUGCACUCAGGUCUGUGGAGUAAUCAUGACAUUGUUUCUGGAAAGACAGAUUAGUGUUGAGUUUUGAUUCAUUUUUAAUUGUUGGCAUGGAGGCAGAAAUCUUAGAGGUGGAUAUCUGAAAACCUGGACAACUAAAACCAAAACUAUUUGCACGACUAGCUACCACUAGAUACCAAAUGUUGUUGUUUUUUUGCAAUUUGGGUGAAAUGAUUCUUCAAUAUGUCGAGCAUAAUGUGGGCAGUGUUGUUACAUUGAAUGACAGUUUGAGAGGAGUUUGCGCUGUGUGAGGGAUAUGCAGACGUGUCUCACUCCACUGUUUUCUCUCCUUGAAGGCUGGUGAUAUUCUAUAUUUUUCUUGUCAUCAAAUCCCUCGAGAAGACCAAAACCAUCAAUGUGUUAGUCCGCCUCUCGAAACUUUCCGACUUCCCCAGCCGGUCUGUGGCUCUCAGCCCUUUCAUUCCUAAUGAAGACACAAAUCUUUAAAAACAAAUACUUACUUUGAUUUAAAAAAAAAAAAAAAGGUUAAAUCAUUUCCUAGAACAGCUGGACUCUGUAGUUUUUAUCAAAUGUUAAUAAACAGGAGGAAAUAGUGCAUUUGUCGGGGGCUAUUUUCAACAGCAGAUUAAUACACAUUUGGUGCUCUAGUGAGUAUUUACAUGGGAUCUAUCUAAAAUAAACUACAGUGUGUGUGUUCAUUGUAAUCCAGGAACAUGUCAGUGCAACAGUGUGGCUCAAUGAUGUGUUUUUUAAAUAGUUUUUGGACAACAAUGAAGCUCUGUGGCUCAGAGGAAGAAGAUACGUCAGGCUUUUAAUACUUAACAGGAUUAAUUAAUUGUUGGUUUCGGUCUUUUCAUGAACUUUGUAGACAAGAAGAAAAUGAUAGAAUAUCUCCAGACUCAUCCUUUAAGUUGGUUGUGUGUAUGAGUGCGUGUUAGCUUAGGUAUGUACUGAUAUGAAAUUGAACUGCUUUUGUAUAUAAAUGUUGACGUAAAGCACGUAAAGCUUUGUAUGAAAAAAAUAAUCUCCAUCACAGAGGACUUUGAGCACAAAGAGUGACGUCUCCACCUUAAACGGCUGAAUACGAAACAAAGGGUUUUAUUUGAGUUAUCUUUUCAGAAUGGACUACAAGGUGUGUAUAUUAAUGAAUUUAUUUUAAAUUGAGAACAGUGUUAGCUGCAGUUUGAAUUGAAAUGGAGACGACUCUAGUGGCUGAUAAGCACACGUGUUGUUAACAAGCACAGUCUUUUCUGUCCCUGAGCUGAAGGUCUGCUGAGAGACUGAAUCUGUCUGCCAGUAUUAUUAUUCUACCGGAAAAUGAUCCUCACCAGUCCUGACAAUCGCUAUCGUCAUGUGUCUGAUGAUUUUCAUACCAGUUCCUGAUGCAGUACGACAUGCUGAGGGCUGUUUGUCAGCUACCCUUUGUUUUAUAUAAAUUGUACAAUUAUAAAAAUCUGUUUGAAGUUA